AUGAGCUUAACGGGCAGAACUUUUUUUGAACUAAAGCACGAAUAUAAUUAUCAACCUCAUACAGCAUCAAACUCACUUACUGAUUUCGCCUACACUUCAGAGGAAGAUAGUUCACAGUAUUUAGGUAGUCCUACUUAUCAACUGUCCGUGGUUAGUGCUGACAGUGCCCAAGAGGUAAUUAGUGCGGACUGCUUAAUAUUAGAUAAUUGGACGUUAAAUUCAUAUCACUCGACAGCAGCAGCCUCGGCCUCAGAUAACAGUCGACAGACUAAUAAUAUUUAUGAUGAUUUCAUAUAUCAAAUGCAACAGCGGCCAUUAGACAGCAACAACAGCAGCGACAUCAAUUAUCCAGCUCAUAGCAAUUCAACAACAACCAAAACUUUGCAAACUUCCUCUAUAACACCGCAAUGCACUCCCCCAACCAAGAGCAAAUCCAAUAAACGCACACGCAAAAUCACAACCACAAAGUCAGAUGCAAACAUUAUGAAUCCACCUAGUCCAAGUGUAAUCAAACGCCGCCGACAGGCCGCAAAUGCACGUGAACGGAAACGCAUGAAUGGCCUAAACGAGGCGUUCGACCGCUUGCGUGAAGUCGUGCCAACGCCCGCCAUAGAUCAAAAAUUGUCAAAAUUCGAGACACUGCAAAUGGCGCAAACCUAUAUUAUGGCGCUAUGUGAUAUGUUGGAAAAUGGCGAUGGUUCAACAAGCUGCACAUUAUUUCGCGAUGGCAGCCUUGUCGGCGAUAUCAACAGUGAUAUGAUGCUGAAGUUUUAG